UUGGGCUGAGUCGGUGUGGUCUGGCUUCAGAUGGUCUCCACCCGAGAGUAUGGCGGAUGAGGAUCCUGGAAGAUGCAGAAUAGCUAUUCCGGAAUGCAGCGUCGUCCUAUGGAUCUCCAAAUGACGCUCGGAGGGGACGCGUGAUGCCUUAUAUGCUCGUCUUUGAAGGGACGCGAGGCGUUUUUUAUAACCUAAUAUGUACGCAAAUACUUCUGGCAGGCUUUUAAAAUAUUAUUUCUUCAAGCAGCUGUUGGGUUCCGGCUUUUGUAGGUGGUUAGAGAUGCCAUGAAGCCCGCGCAUUGGCUCUUUGUGCGUCUCUCUCUAUGGUGAGUGUUGCAAUUCAGCCAUGGCUCCGCGUCUGCUCGACUUCUGCAAUAUUCAAGGCAAGUUUCCCGUCGCAUCUGAUCGGCUUGGACACUGUUAGCUGGUUGCAUUACGCGCGUCACGUCGGGUUCGGAUCCGUGCGCAAUGCGCGAAUAUAAGGUGGUGGUGCUCGGCAGCGGAGGGGUCGGGAAAUCCGCUCUCACUGUCCAGUUCGUGACCGGGACCUUCAUCGAGAAGUACGACCCGACUAUCGAAGACUUCUACCGCAAGGAGAUCGAGGUGGACUCGUCGCCGUCGGUGCUGGAGAUCCUGGACACGGCCGGUACGGAGCAGUUCGCGUCCAUGCGGGAUCUCUACAUCAAGAACGGCCAGGGCUUCAUCCUGGUCUACAGCAUGGUCAACCAGCAGAGCUUCCAAGAUAUAAAGCCCAUGAGAGAUCAGAUCAUCAGGGUGAAGAGGUAUGAGCGCGUGCCCGUGAUACUUGUGGGAAACAAGGUGGACCUGGACAAUGAGCGCGAGGUUUCAUCAAGCGAGGGUCAAGCUCUAGCUGAAGAAUGGGGCUGCCCGUUCAUGGAGACAUCGGCCAAGAGCAAAACCAUGGUGGACGAACUGUUCUCGGAGAUAGUCAGGCAGAUGGACUAUGCCUCUCAGCCGGAUAAGGAAGACCCGUGCUGCUCUUCCUGCAAUAUACAAUAACCCCACAAUCAGGAGCCACAUAAGGUUUUCAAAGGGGUACAACAUAGAGCUCUUCACUAAAGUGGUGUCCAUACAUGUCAUGCACACGUGAAUGGUGUCUACACACUAGACAAUCCUACAAAGUCAUUGAUUUCAAUUGGAAAGAUGCAUCGCAAAGACAUACCCAGCUAAAAGGGAACAUUCUCAGAAUGGAAAUGAAUAACGCUCUCAAAGCAUUAGCAUAGAACAUAAGAUGUAUUUAUAACGUUCUUAGAAGAUAAUUUUGUUAGCAGCCCAUUUAUUUCUUGGUUAAAAGAAUGUUAUAGAAAGCAUUAAGAGAACUUUCCAUUUUUUUGUAAUAAUUUUGCAAAACUUUAACUUGUGACUGUUCUCUGAACACAUCGUAGAUAAAAGAGCGUAAGGGUUUGUGAAAGCGAUGUUGCGAUAUGCAAACAAAAUUAGGAUUUUACUAUCCAUUGAGCUCUAGAAAUUUCAGGUGAGGCGAAAUCCACUUCGCUGUUUUCCCACUUAUGAUCAGAUGUUUCCCCCAAAGCUUUGUCUAGUGUGUGAACGCCUUAAUUCAACACGAUUAUGAUAAAUAAAUAAAAAAAAGAAACUGUAAAAAAAGGGGUUAAAAAAUGCACCAUACUUGGGUCUUUCUUUUCCCCGCAUGUUUUAAACACCUUCAUUCUAAGUUUGGCGCUGUUCGCGAGAGACUUGAUCGUGUCGGUUUCGCCAAUUAGUUUGCACAUAUAGAACCUGAUGUCUUAAAACUGCCAUUACUUUAAUAAAGAGCCAGAAUGAGCUAGUUUUGUUCUUCCAAACGGCCCGAUGUCAGCAAAGUGUGGCAUUUCCUCUGAGGGACUAUCGGACGUCGAGGUUUGAAAUGUUCAUGAGGGGAUCUAUGUGUGUGAGUGUGCCGUUGCAGCAACGAGGGGCUUUACUUUGAGAGUUUGAGGGACAUUUUCUUUGAGAAAGCCAAACAGGAUGCUGAGAAGCACUUUUCUUUUGUAAUGUUGUGUCUGUUUUGAUUUGCGAUACUGCUGGGAAUAAUCAGCUGAUAAUGUUGUGGUUUUUAAUUAGCACCUUGAUAUAGAAUGUUGCAAAUACUGACUUAUGUAUUUUGUAAUAAUGUAGUUAAACAAUCAUGGGAUUUGCUUUAGAAUAGCUUUGGAUUUGUUGGGAACAGUAUUCGUCAUGAAACGCUAUCGACACUUUCCACAAAAAGAGUCCAAAUGUCCUGAUACUUUAAUUUGCAGCAAUACAUUCAUAAAGAACUAUUUAGAGAAAUUGUUAAAUUAACCUAGCAUUCAAAGUAGCUAGUUUUAAACACGUCAAAUUCGAACAGUGAUUCAGGCCGUCCACACCUCAGAGAUCGUGACUAUAUUUCGGCAGUUAAAACCCACAAAACAUCUGCUGAAUUGAAAUUCCGUUAAAUGCGGAAAUUAUUAAAAAUUUUUCAUGCAUGUAAAAAUUAAUUGUAAUUAUUUAAUUGUAAUUAUGAAAUAAUAAUUAUUUAAUUCUAACAAAGCAGAGAUGGCGCCACCUAUAGGCAGAGCGUGCAAUUGCCUAGGGCAAGGAAACUUGGGUCCUGCAGGGCCACUGUCCUGCGAAGUUUAGCUCCAACCCUAAUCAAACACACCUGAACAAGCUAAUCAAUGUCUUCAAGUUCACUAGAAAGCUACAGGAAGGUGUGUUUAAUGGCAUCUCCAAAAUGAAUUUUAGGCCCGGAUUCAAAGUAGCUAUAGUUUUAAACUCACAUAAUGUUUGUAGCGACCCUUCAAAAAUAGUGAUUUAGGCCUGUUGUGCCUCUAGGUCUAGUGAAAAUCAUACAACAUCUGUUGAAUUGAUAUUCAUUUAAAUAUAGAAAAAACAUUUUAUUUAUACAACACUAUCUCACGAUCAAUCUGUAGGUAUUUUACGAGGUGGCUUAUUCGUACGAGUUUGUACGACCUCACUCGUACGAUUUUAUAUGAUUUGUCUAAACCCAAGUGACGGUUAGGUUUAGGGAGCUUGGUCAGGUGUAGAUCAUUUGUACAAAUUCAUACGAAUUGUGGAACUUGUAAAAUAAGUACGAUUUGGCAAAAAUCGUUUGAAUUUGUACAAGUGUGGUCGUACGAAUUCGUACGAAUAAGCAAGAUUGGGUUGUAUUUAUAAUAUUUACAAUUAUGUUUAUUUACAUUUAUUUUACAUUUAUUUAAAUAACUAAAAUAAAUUUUAAAUAAAGCAGUAACAUCUAAUGUUUACUUUGACCUCCUGAGCUGGACGAGCAAGAUCUUUCAGCAUUUCAAACCCUAUUUUGUACCCUAUUUGUGGAAAGUGCCUAUUAAUCUUGAAGCCUGUAUUAGAUGUAAUUAUUAAUUUAAUUAUAUUUUGGAACGGAGAUGAGCAGAAUGCAGUCAACCACAUGAAUGUUGAAUAGAAACACAUGGGGGAAAAAAUAUAGUUUGUACAGGGGCACUUUAUUAACAGUUGAAGCGCCCCUCAGUUCAUCUGCUUUGAGCAAAUGUGGCGAGAAGAAUAAUAAGCAAAAUCAUUUUAUCAUACCUUUCUCAGGAGAGUUACAGGCUACCAAAUCUGUUAGGAUAUUUUGUUUUGUCAUUUUAUUUGUUUAUUUAAUCACUAGUAUAUAAGAUGUUAACAUUUCUUUAUUUAUAUUGUUGUUUUGGUAUUGCGGUCAUUUGGUAUUAUAAAGCAAUUUUUAAAUCAUCACAUCUGUGAUCAAUACCAUCACGUGGUUCACAAAUCCAGAAGUCUACAAAUAUGUAAAAAAAAAAAAAAAAAAUGUAGGCCUAUAGAAAAAAUUCAAGAAGGUUGUGUGUAGCUUAUAAAAGAUGUCAGACUUUCAGUAUGUUGAUUUAGCAGUCAUAUGCAUGGCUAAAAUAUCAUUGUUUGUGAAUAUUACAGCAGAUGAGACUGAACAAGCGGAAUAGACACACACAAAAAUACACAAUCACGCAACGAUCCUCCAGACGAUCAUUUAUGGGUCAAUCUGCCUUGCCAUGCGAACUAAGGGUUUGCCUUUUUAACUUUCAUCAUUGAUCUUAUAUUUUUUUAAGUAACCAUUUACCCUCUUCCACAUGGUAAAUGGAUUGUGAAUAUUGUUUCAUUCAACACGACAAUAAAGACAUCUUGUUCACA